AUGCGAUACCACAAGAAAGGGUCGAGCAGGCAUUUGAAUGGGUAUGACCGGAAAUCUCACUAUGGUCAAGUGAGUGCCGUACCGCUGGACGCGAGAGAGAAAGAAUUGAUCGCCCAUCCUCCCAGUGGCGAGAUUGACGACAACCGCGGCUGGGCCAAAACCGGGCUCGGUCACACCGUCCAAAUGGUCUUCGACCCCGAUGAAGCGGACGCCUUUCGCCAGAGCAAUCCCGACUGCAAAGAGACACUGGAGCUUGGAAACCCCUUUUCAGCUACGGUUCCUCCCAACAAGUGGCUUCCCGAGAACGUUCUGCCGGGAUUUCGAGCCUUUGCCGAAUCGUGGUGGACAGACUGCGAAGGGCUUGCUCACAACCUCUUUCGAUCCCUGGGCGAGGCCCUGCGGAUUGACGACCGCGACUACUUCAGUCGCAUCCACUCGGAAAAUGACUGCCACAUGACCUGGAAUUUUUAUCCCUCGGGGCCCCUGCAGAAGCCCGGCUUGGAAAAUGCCAAGCGACUCAACGCGCAUACCGAUUUCGGAACGCUCACCAUCGUCUUUCAGGAUGCGGUUGGCGGACUCGAGGUGCACGACGGGCACAUUUUCCGACCCAUCCCGCCCGUACCCGGCGCUGUGGUCGUGAACGUCGGGGAUAUGCUCGAGCAAUUGUCUAAUGGGAGGUGGAAGAGCGCAUUGCACCGCGUGGUCGCUCCGAAACAGCACGAGACCCCGGGCAGUGAGGGUCCCCGGGGCGAAAAGAGCGUGAAAGUGAUAGACAGCCCCGAGUCCCUGAGUCUCGCUGGGAAGAACGCCAUUGUGACCGGAUCUUCUAGAGGCAUCGGCAAGCAAGUUGUGCUCGAACUAGCCUCCCGCGGUGCAAACGUCGCCAUCUGCUUCGUCUCGGAUCUCAGCAGGCCGGCCGCAGAUGAACUCGCCGUAGAGAUCAGAUCCAAAGGCGUUGCGGCAACAUGUGUUCAGGAAGACCUCUCCCUGAAUGGCUCGGGCCACCGUUUGGUGGAGAAAGCGCUUGCGGGGCUGAAAGCCGACACCAUCCACAUCUUGGUCAAUAACGCAGCUCUUGAUCCGGACUCACCAACCCCGGUACUCAAAAGUCCGGGGCAACUUUUUGAUAGAUGCAUGCAAGUCAACGCCAAAGCCCCCCUGGAGCUUGUCUCUGCCGUGGUGCCCAACCUGCCGCAUGCCGGGGGUCGUAUUAUCAGCAUCUCUUCGGUGCUCGCGCGCCGACCGGACGUGCCCUUCGCAGCCUGGGCUUCAUCCAAGGCCGCCCUCGAAUGUCUGUCGCGAUUCUGGGCCCAGGAACUAGCCGCUCUCCACGGACUGACCAGCAAUGUCAUCGCUAUUGGCCCAACUAUGACCGACUAUCAUGCUCAAGACCCGCCUGAAGUGCUUGAGGAGCUCUCUCGAUUGCCCAGCGCCGCGAAACGCCUCGGAACGAUUGACGACGUUGCACAGAUUGUCGCUUUUCUAGCAAGCGACGCCAGCCGGUGGAUCAACGGGGAUGUAAUUCAGGGCAACGGCGGCAUGCAGUUUAGCUAG